UGUCACAAACGCAGCCCUUAUCAUUUGGCUGUCACUCAUCGGCAGCUCCAUUGUUUCGCCGGGUCUUGUUGACGUUUCAGCGACGAUCUCUUCCCUCCAUCGAGACACGUUCGUUAGCAGCAAACAACCGCAACAGGACGCCGGCACCACAAUGCAGAUCUUCGUGUUCAUCCAGACGUGGAAAAUCUACCCGAUCGGGCUGAAGGUGGACGCGCGCGAAACGAUCGGCGAGGUCAAGGCCAUGAUCCAGAAGCUGGAGGCGAUCCCGACCAGCACGCACUGGAUGUUCUACCGGAACCAGCGCCUCGAGGAUGGGCGCACCCUGGCCGGGUACGGAAUCGGCGAAAACAGUGACCUCUAUCUGUGCCCGGUGUACUUCACGUGAUCGGGGGGUGGGGGCACGUGGUGUUCUGAAUGUAUUUAAGUUUGUAUUUGUGCGUGCCCCCGAGGAGGCGUGUGUCCGUACACGUUCGGGGUGCGUUCCCUUAUUUGUACAUGUGUAAAUGGUAGAAUGUCCGGUAGUUGCGAGUGCAUCUAAAGCUUGCUUGUUAAAAGGCAAAUGUUAACCAACAAAUUAUUAAUAAACUGACGAAAUCCGCUGUAAGA